AUGGAAUCCUUGAUUUCUCUCAAGGCUCACUUUUAUGCCUUUCCUUCCUUCUCAUCCCAACCCAGAACCACCAUAUCUCCUACUCAACUGAAUACUUAUAGAAAAAAACCCCUUUUUACUGUUUCUGUUCGAGCACAGAUGGACCCUAAUGAAGAUUCAGCUACAACGGCCACAUCUGGUGAACCUGUGGUUGAAGCUCUCAAAGUUAAGGAAUGGGAAGUAGGAAUGUUUCAUAAUGAGGUUGCUGCUACGCAAGGUAUAAGAAUAAGGAGAAGGCCACCAACUGGACCCCCUGUUCAUUAUGUAGGACCUUUUGAAUUCCGAUUGCAGAAUGAGGGAAAUACACCGCGUAACAUCUUGGAAGAGAUUGUGUGGAACAAGGACAUUGAAAUUGCACGACUAAAAGAAAGAAAAUCCCUUGCUUCGAUUAGUAAGUCCCUUAAAAAUGCACCUCCUGUUAGAGAUUUUAUUGGGGCUCUAAGGGCGGCUAAUGAACGAACUGGAUUGCCUGGAUUGAUUGCUGAAGUGAAAAAGGCUUCACCAAGUAGAGGCAUUUUGAGAGAAAACUUUGAUCCAGUUGAAAUUGCUCAAUCUUACGAGAAAGGUGGAGCAGCAUGUCUAAGUGUUUUGACAGAUGAAAAGUACUUUCAGGGAAGCUUUGAAAAUCUUGAGUUAAUAAGAAAUGCUGGAGUAAAGUGCCCUUUGUUGUGCAAAGAAUUCAUCGUAGAUGCUUGGCAACUCUACUAUGCUCGAUCUAAAGGUGCAGAUGCAGUCCUUCUAAUUGCCGCUAUUUUACCUGAUCUUGACAUCAAGUACAUGGUUAAAAUAUGCAAAUUACUUGGAAUGGCCGCCCUUGUUGAGGUGCAUGAUGAGAGGGAAUUUGACCGUGUUCUUGGAAUAGAAAGUGUUCAGCUUAUUGGCAUCAACAACCGCAAUCUUGAAACAUUUGAGUUAGAUAUCAGCAUCACGAAGAAGCUUCUUGAAGGAGAGCAAGGCAAAAUAGUUCGUGAGAGAAACAUAGUUAUGGUAGGAGAAUCUGGUUUGUUCACCCCUGAAGAUAUUGCCUAUGUACAAGAAGCAGGAGUUAGAGCUGUUUUGGUGGGAGAGUCUCUUGUGAAACAGAGUGAUCCUGGAAAGGGAAUUAGCAAUCUGUUUGGCAAAGAUAUAUCUGUUUGA